CUCAGCGAGGGAGUGGAGCGGACACGCGCAUUCCAAACGGAAUUAAAACAUUUGAAUUUCUGAAAUAAAACUUUCCCGUACCUGCGGGACCGUGAAAUUAAUUCGUUUCAACAGCGCAUUGGCGCCAACGUCCGCUCGACAUGGCGGCUCAGUUGCGUCUGGCGGCCAUCUUGUUUUUUUUCGCGUCGCCAUUUUGUUUUUGUGCCGGAUGUGACGUGGACACGGUGGCGGUGUACAAAGUGACUCUGCGUACUCUCUGGAGCGAGGAACGGUUUCCGAAGGAUUACCCUAAGACCUGGCCGAAAGCGCAAUGGGCGCCGCUUUUUGGUCAAUCACACAACUCAUCCUACACCCUACACCGCGUCGGCUUGGUCUCCCGUCCCUCAGUCCUCCAGUACACUGCCACGGGUGCCCUGCCCGCCCUGGUCGAGGAGGGCGAGGGGCGGGGGGAGGUGUACGACCAGUUCUCCGCCCCGGGGGUGAAGAGCGGGGAGGGGGAGACGGGGAACAUGGUGUUUGUUGAUGGCAGGCAUAGUUUGGUGUCGCUGAUGUGUCGGCUGGUGCCGUCCCCGGACUGGUUCGUGGGGGUGGACAGUGUAGACCUCUGCGUGGACGCGGCUUGGGUUGAGGAGAUCACUCUUGAUCUAGACCCGCUAGACGGCGGCGCGGCGUCAGGCUUGGCCUUCACGUCCCCGCGCUGGGAGACGGCCCCCGCGGCGGCGGUGGCGCGCCUCGCCCCCCGCGCGCCCGCGCACCCCGCCGCCGGCUUCUACUACCCCGAGCUGAACACGCUGCCGACUAUUGCCACGGUGCAGUUUGCUAAGAUCAAAGAGUAUUCCUCCAAAGAAUUAAAUGAACUGGCUCGUAAAGAAGUCAUGGCAAGAUUGAAACGCAAAGACGUCCGUAAAGGUAUCCCAAAACGGCUGUUAGAAGCAAGAAGAUUAGCAGAGGAAGAGAAUAAAAGACUUAUGGAAAAAGAUGAACAAGAGCCAGUUGAAGAAUUAACCACUAAAGAUUCUAUGGAACAAUUGAAAGAUUUAGAGGAGGAUCCAGUUGGUACUCCAAGGCCAAACGUCCCUGAAAAUAAUGUUGUAGUUGUCACUGAAGCUCCUAAGACUACCACAACAACAACCACUACUACAACCUCGACCACCACAGAACCAGAAUUCGGCGUCAACCUCCGCAGCAUGGACGACGUGAUGCUGGCGGUGGCGCGCGGCCGCAAGCUGGGGCUGGGCCGGCAUCUGCCAAGGCAUUUUAGAUCCAGACUGCACCAUGCAGUUAAUAAACUCACCGAUAUCGACUGCCUAGUCUCCCCAUGGGGCGAGUGGUCACCGUGCUCAGCGACCUGCGGCUUCGGGGACAAGCAGAGACGCCGCCGCGUGCUGCGCCCCCCCGCGCCCCGCGGCCGCGCCUGCCCCCCGCUGGUUGAGAGGGAACACUGCGGGAAUGCUAACUCGUGUUUUGAGUUCGAUUACUUUGAUUGGUGAUUUGCAGUGUGGGAUGUGGU